UUUUCUGCUCUUCCCGUCGACUCUCCCUCCCUUCGUUGUGUGCUCGCCCUCCAAUCUCCCAGUCUCGCGACUGUGUCCGCUGCUCCUUCGGCCCUCUUCCUUCCUGCGACCGAGUACUCGUCGCCAACCUACACUCGCGCGAACCACUUCCUGCGACCCUGCGACCCUGCGAGCGCGUUCAUAUCUGAGAACAGAAAAUGACGGCUGGGAAUCUCCCUCCGACGGAUCCAGAGGAUCGUGCUAACAAGACUCCACAAGACAGCAAUCAAGCCGUCAGCAGCAUGUAUGGUACCUCGAGCCCGCCGAGGGAGAACGCUCUCCUCACCAACGAGGCUGUAUCUGUGCGCGUUUCCGAGUCUAACGGCGACCACCAAUGCGGACACGUGCACCUCUCGCACCGCGCGCCGUGGCUUCGCGCCGCGCUUCUCGGCGCCAACGACGGGCUCGUGUCGGUCGCGUCGCUCAUGGUCGGCGUCGGCGCCAUCGACAGCAGCCAAAUCAUCAUCUCCGGAUUGGCCGGGCUUGUCGGUGGCGCGUGCAGCAUGGCGAUCGGCGAGUACAUCUCCGUUUAUGGGCAACGCGAUAUAGAGGAAGCGGAUGUGCAAAAGGAGCGGGAUGAGUUUUUGAAAGGUCCCGAGGCGAUCGAGCGGGAAUUGGAGGAGCUCGCGCAGAUUUACGUGUCGCGCGGAUUGUCGCACAGGCUCGCACGCGAAGUCGCAGAGGAGCUUUCGCGAGUCGACCCCGUUCGCGCUCACGCUCGCGACGAGCUGGGCAUUGAUAUGGACGACCUCUCGAACCCGUUACAAGCUGCCCUGGCAUCCGCGGGGGCGUUCAUCGUCGGAGCCAUCAUCCCGUUAUUAUCCGCCGCGUUUAUAAAAAACCACGUUGCGCAAUUGGUGGUGCUUCUAUUAGUGACGACGCUCACGUUUAUUGGCUUCGGCAUGCUCGGCGCGUGGCUGGGCGGAGCGAAUAAAAUUAGAGCCGCAGCGCGGUGCACCGCGGGCGGGUGGCUGGCGAUGGGGAUUACGUAUGGCAUACUGCGGCUCUUCGGGACGGCUGGGAUGGCUUGAGAGGGGAGGGAAGCGACGAGAAGAGGCGACACGCCAUUAGGCGACCUGACUUUUGAGUUGACUCAAAAGCCGGCGGGAAUGGCUUGAGAGGGGAGGGAAGAGGGGACCCGCGCAGCAUUGGGCGAAAUGCUUCCAUCCGUCCCUGCACCAUGUAUAAAAUAAGUGGCGCGCGAGCCUGUUGAAUACAAUGUGAGGGGCUUGUAUUGUACCGUAGCUUGUCAGGGGAGAGAAAAAA